UUCUUCCAUAACCAUCACUUUCUCAUACAAUACCAUGGUUAGCACCAAUUAUUUUCCUCUCCCACCACCUCAUUAUAUUCCAACUCCUCCAAAAGCACCACCGCCUCCACAUAACCCCAUCACACCACCUCAACCACAUCAUCCAUCGCCACCUGCUAUAAGACCACCACCUCCACCCGCACCUGCAACAAAACCACCACCCUCUCCUAUUGUGACUCCACCUCCACCACCUCAAAAUGUUUCUCCGCCAUCACCGCCUCAUGUGCUUCAGCCUCCUCCUCCACCACCGCCUCACUCUAUUUCUCCGCCAUUACCACCUCAUGUAGUUCCACCUCCACCACCACCACCUGGACAUCAUUCAACUGUAAUAGUCGUCGUCUUUGUUUCUCUCGGCGGUCUGUUCUUUCUGGCAUUCCUCUCAGCUGCUUUAUUCUGCUUCCUUAAGAAGAGAAAGAAGAAAAUGGUUCAAAAAGCAGAAAUAAUAAACAUAGAUGAACAUGUGAAAGUCCAAGAAGCCAUUGUACCAGGCCCCCACGGUGAACAAAACACCGUAUUAUUUAUAGAAGGGGAUAUUCAUAUCGACGAGGAAAUCAAGAAAAACAAAAACAUUAGUGAAGGAAUACCUCAUUCACAUCUUAAAUCUUCACAAGAAAUUUCUGAUGGAUGUGGUAGCAGCACAGGAAACUAAGUUGAGAAAAUGAAUGGCAUCAGCAGCAAACUAAGAGGUCCAUCGAUCGUAAUGGUCCAUAAUAAUCCUUCUAUGCUCUAUUUUUUAUUGAAUUAUUUUUCUUUCUA